AUGGCCCCUCCGCCGCCGUCAUCGCCGCCGCCGCCUAUGGUAGACGAGGGCUACCGCGCCGGCGACCGGCUGGUCGUGCACGCCCUGGCUCCCGUGGGGACGCUCCUGGGCAUUGCGUGCAUCACGACGGGCCUCCGCAUAUACUGGAGGUUACAGCCGUCCCAGCGCAUUGGCGCCGACGAUUACACGCUCCUCUUCGCUUUGACCGCUGAUCUGGGUCCGGCACGGUCGCAGUUCGUGACCAUUGCUUGGUACGGGAUCGACGCGGCCAUGUACCAUCACGGCCGGGGUCUCGAAGGCUUCGGCCCCGAUCCUUGGACCAUGGGGCCGCUGAUCGUAGCAGGCGGCGUGCUCUGGGUCUGGGGAAUCAACGUCAUCCGCAUCUCGGUGGCCCUGAUGCUGCUCCGGUUCAGGGAUAGCCGGUCGCUGCCGUGGACCAUGACCGUAUGGGCCGUCAUUGGCGUCCAGACCUGUAUGCUUGCCGUUGGAACCAUCAUGCACCUCGUCAUGUGCAGGCCCAUCUCGGCGAGGUGGGCGCCGACCCCUUCCGCCAACUGUAUCAAGCCGACACAUUUUAUGACGUACGGCUACCUUUACAGCGGCUUCACCAUAGCCUCCGAUCUCAUCCCCUCGCUCCUACCCAUCACGUUCAUCCGCACUCUCAGCCGGCCCUUGCACGAAAAGAUGCUCAUCGGCUGUCUCAUGGCCGCCCGCACAGCCGCUACUGGCGUGGCGGUUGCGCGCCUGCUGCUCGUCGUGGGCUACUUGGGCCCGGGCGGCCCCGUGAUUAACGUGGAGCAGGACAUCCUCUGGGGCCUGGAGCUGACCAUCGGCGUGCUGGCGGCCUCCGUCCCGUCCCUCAAGGCCCCUACGCACCGCAUCCUGCGGUCCUGGGGCUUGCUGCGCUCCCGCUCCACCAGCGACAUGUCCUUCCAGAGCUUCCUCGACCGCCUCCCGAACGGCUCCCACGUCUCGCGCCGAAUGGGGCCGUGGCAGUACGCCGUCCCCGACCAGGAUCCCCGGACCGAGGGCGGUUCAGGGGAGGAGAUGCUCAAAGGUUCAGAAGCCCUGCAGGUCCCGGGCAUUAGAAGAUGCCGCAAGGCCAGGCUGGUGACUGGAUAUAAAAUGGGAUACUUCGCUUAUAAUAUCUCUUGCUCCCUGUCGUGA